UCCAGCUGAACUCUGACUCGGCGCCGCCUCAGGAACAGGAAGCUCCGGCCUCCGGCUGCUGUUGGGAGGAUUUCCGAGGCCGAUCCUGAAACAAAAGCCCGGCCGCCAUGGACAGGCUCGGCACUUCCGACAGCCUGGCCGCCAAGAGGCCACCCCGCCUGGCCACCGGCUCCGGGCAAACCAGCGCCGAUUCACCGGAAAGCCCUCCAGGAUCUCAUGUUGAAUGGUGUAAACAGCUCAUUGCUGCUACAAUAUCAACCCAGCUUUCAACGACAGCAGCUCCGGAUAAUGUCUCCAAAGAUUACCGGGGUCACAGGAGGCCUAAUCUAAGGGACAAUCAGGAUAGCUGCAAUGGGUCCUCCCAUUCUGAUGCUGACCCUGAACUGGGUGUUCAAUCCUUGGUGCUGAGGGAUGGAAAUAAACUGGCUCAAAUGGAGGAAGCACCACUUUUUCCAGGGGAAGCUAUCAAAGCAAUUGCCAAAGAUGUCACAUACAUCUGUCCUUUCAUUGGGGCCAUCAGUGGGACGCUCACUGUCACCGAAUACAAACUGUACUUCAAAAGUGUAGAGCGGGAUCCCCCUUUCACCCUUGAUGUUCCACUAGGGGUCGUGAGUCGUAUCGAAAAGAUUGCUGGCAUUCAAGAGAACUCCUGUGGCUUGGAAAUUGUGUGCAAGGAUAUGAGAAAUCUGCGGUUUGCAUACAAACAGGAAGAACAUGGUAAACUCGAGAUCUUUGAGAACCUCACACAGUACGCCUUUCCUGUCUCGAAGAACUUGCCACUGUUUGCAAUGAAAUAUAAGGAGAAGUAUCCGGUUCAGGGCUGGAAGGUGUACGAUGCUGUGGCAGAAUAUAAAAGACAGGGUUUGCCAAAUGAAAGUUGGGUCAUCAGUAAAAUCAACAGCAACUAUGAACUCUGCGAUACGUACCCUUCGAUUGUGGUGGUGCCUACCAGUGUCAAAGAUGACGACCUUUGUAAAGUGGCAGCAUUUCGAACACGUGGGCGAAUUCCAGUUUUGUCUUGGAUCCAUCCAGAAAGCCAAGCGACGAUUACUCGAUGCAGUCAGCCAUUGGUGGGGCCAAAUGACAAGCGGUGUAAGGAGGAUGAGAAAUAUUUACAAACCAUCAUGGACGCCAAUGCGCAGUCUCACAAGUUAAUCAUCUUUGAUGCUCGACAGAGCAGUGUGGCAGACGCCAGUAAGGCAAAAGGUGGAGGCUACGAGAGUGAAUCUGCCUAUUCAAACGCUGAGCUUAUAUUCUUGGAAAUCCAUAAUAUCCAUGUCAUGAGGGAGUCUCUCAGGAAACUGAAAGAUGUCGUUUACCCUGUGAUAGAUGAAGCCAAGUGGCUGUCAAAUAUCGAUUCAACUCAUUGGUUGGAAUACAUAAGAAUCCUUUUAGCCGGAGCCGUUCGGAUAGCAGACAAGGUUGAAUCGGCAAAAACCUCGGUUGUGGUCCAUUGUAGCGACGGCUGGGACCGGACUUCUCAGCUAACAUCCCUAACCAUGCUGAUCCUCGACAGCUACUACCGAACAAUCAAGGGUUUUGAAGUGCUGAUUGAAAAGGAGUGGCUAAGUUUCGGACACCGAUUUGCAGUCAGAGUAGGACACGGUGAUGAGAACCAUGCUGAUGCUGAUCGAUCGCCCAUCUUCCUUCAGUUCAUUGACUGCGUCUGGCAAAUGACAAAGCAGUUUCCUGCAGCCUUUGAGUUUAAUGAGCUCUUUCUGCUGACCAUCCUGGACCAUCUGUACAGCUGUCUUUUUGGGACAUUCCUUUAUAACAGUGAGCAGCAAAGAAUGAAGGAGGAAGUGCAGACAAAUACAGUCUCCCUCUGGUCGUAUAUAAACAGCCAGCUGGAGGAGUUCACCAACCCGUUUUAUGUGAAUUACGAGAAUCACGUGCUUUACCCAGUCGCCAGCUUACGGCACUUGGAAUUAUGGGUAAAUUAUUACGUCAGAUGGAACCCACGGAUGAGGCCUCAGGUACCAAUCCACCAGAGUUACAAAGAGCUUCUUGGCAUCCGGGCCGAGCUGCAGAAGAAGGUUGAGGAGCUUCAGCGUGAGGUCAGCAACAUGGCAGUGUCGUCUUCCUCUGAAAGAGCGUCACCCACCCAUUCAGUGUCACCCGUACAGACAACAGUGUGAAUUUGUCACCCGUCCUCCCUACCAUGCUUCCUUGAUGACCGAGUCACUGAGGUUAUGACUGCAGCAUGUAUUUGAAAGCUGUAAAUACAGAUGAUUCCGUGUGUACAUGUGCGCAGGUGUGCAAUUUUAUCGCAGUGUACUUUAGGGUUUUGUAAACCUCUGCGGGGAUAUCUUUGUUGCGCGGUUGCUUUGUUCUGAUGUUGAGACCUUUUGGCAGAAGGGUAAAUGUGAGUGCCAUUGUAAAACUGACCUAAACUUUGGUGCCAAUCCAUGAAUUAGCCAGAAAGAGCUGGGGAGGAGGGAGGGCAGAGGGUUUGAGGGAGAAGGCAGACAGUAUCUGAUGGAUCAGCCCACGAAAAGAACUGGAGUGCCAAGUUUUCACUGUAGUCUGCUGUUGAGCAACUGACCCAAUUUUCACUCCUGCCCCUCCCACAAUGAAAACCACUUUAUUGGCUAUAAUUGACUCGAACAUGUGACUUGGGGUUGGUAGGUGGAUAUCCUAUCACAGUCCAAAGAAAACAGUUUGGGUUUUGUCUUUUGUAGGCAACUUCACUAUUUCUAUUUUAACUUCUUCUCCUUAAUAGAAUCUGUAUAUUUUUAUAUAGUGCCUGUAAAUGGCUGUAUCCCCCUCAUUAAAUUAAAUUCAUCGUUGCAAAUAAAUGUCACCACCUUCCAGAAGCUUCCCUUGUGGAUUUCUGAAAUCUUGGGGAAACAGUGUAUUCUUAGAUUUGAGAUUUUGUGUUUAACGAACUUGGCAGCGAUAUUCUCAUCUAUGAGACGCACAAAGCUGAAAUGUCAUUGAACCCGGAACAUAACAUAAUUAGUGAAAUUUUUCCUCCCAACUUCAUCUGCCAUUCAAGUGUUGGGGCCUUUUCUGUCAGAGAAAGGAGUCAUAUAUGUUUCCAUGCUGAAGGGGAAUUCUGACAUCAAACAAUCUAGUCUGUUAUGCCAGGAGUGCUAUAACAUAACCAAACAGAUCAAUUUAUUUCCAAGAGUGAAGAGAACAGAAAUUUCACAAAACAAGCUUUGCAGAGUUCAUAAGAUGAGAAACUGAAAAUUUCUUAACCAGUAAGGCCUUUCAUUUAUACAAAAGAGGAGUGUCCCUUGUACCUCUGUUGUAGAAUUUGAGCAUCAGAUUAAAAGUACCAUGUUAUGCUUUUUACAUUUUCCAAUUAUUCAUUAAAUGAAACAGUAUUUCACAUUUGCAGCCCUUCUAUUUUUACAAAAAUGCAGGAUUCAAUCAUUACUCGCAUAAUCUUCAUGAUUUCUCUGACAGGAUUUGUGUGUUUUUUUUCCAGUACGUAAAGACGUUUUUCAAACUGAGGCAUUGUGUGUUUUAACCAUUGACCCGAAGUUGUCUAUCGCUUUCCAAUCAAAUGGCCUUUACUAGUGUUACCUGAAAGGAUCAGAGAGUUCAUCUUCUGGCCAUGUCUUUGGGGAGUUGAUGUGUUUGGGAUGAAUUUCCUAGGUUUGGUUUUGGAUAGGCUAAAGCUGAAUCUCAAUCCUUUGGAGUUUUGAUGGGAGUGUGCUGAGCAUAUGCUUUAAGUGCUUAAAACUGAUCGUUUUAAGUUUUAGCUGGACCUAGAAACCUAAUGCUGAACAUAACUUGGUAGUGGCCCUUAUCUGAAUUGCCCUCAGAUUAGCAAAUACUAUAAGUGACUAUCAGUUUGGAAUGGUAAAGCCUCCUCAUGUUCUAUAACAAUUCCAAGUGUUAAUUUUGACCUUUCUGUAGCGGUAUGGCUUUUCACCUUCUGCCUGUGUUUUCUGUCAAAAACUGUAGCAGUCCCACUGCCAAUAUUGCUACCAAUGUACAAAUGUCUGAAGUAGAUAAACAGUUUUUUAAACUACAGCAUGUCCUAUAAUAAUUUACAAGCAAAAGCAUAUUGCAUUUUACUUUGGUGAAUAUUUGGCAUGUAUGUAGAAGGUGUUUGCCUAAUGCAUUGCACUUUAAUAUAGACUAUAAGGCCCUAUCUGCGCUCUCAGGCUGAUGUAAAAUAUUCAAUAGCACUUUCUGAAGAGCAAGAGUGUUUGCCCCAGUGUCCUGGCCAAUGUUAAUUGCUCAGUGUGCUUCACUCAAACAGCUCUGUUGUGUGUAGGAGCUUGUUGUAUGCACACUGGCUCUUUAGUUGACUAUGCUGUGACAGUGACAACUCUUCCAAUUUAUUGGCUGUAAAGUGCUUUGAGAUAUUGCAAAGAUAUGAAAGACGCUAUAUAAAGGCAAGUGUUAAUAAAUAUUAUCUGAACACAGCGACACAUUGGCACUCAGUAGCGAAUGGUUUAACUUGUAUCUUCAGAAGUGACAUCACACCCUUAACAUAGGAGCAAAAUUAAUCAUAUUGCUGAAAAAAAAGCCCCAUCUUUAUUUAAAUUUUUAAAAUCUGUCAAGACUAGUUUUGUCAGCUUAAGGGACUGGGCUGAUAGAUGGUGGGUGGUGUCUAGCACAUGCAGUGCCCUCGGAGGACCACAGGGCAUGUGUGCAGGCUGUCAAGGUUUGAUGGUGGAGGUGAGGGGUUAGUGGUCAACACUGAACAAUAAAGGUUCCCUGAUAGAGAUUGCUCCCACAAGAGAGAGGAUAUGAUUGAUGGAAUGGUGUGGAUGAGCUGACAGAAAUAUUUAAAUACAGCAAAAUGGCAGAGUGAUUGAUUAUUGGUUCACCUUGUUAAAUAAAAAGCUGCUAAACUGUGCCAAAAAUUAAAUUCACUAUAUUUGAAUGAAAUGUUUUUGGAAAAACUGUCAUCUGAAUUAAAAGAAUACGUUGGCUUUUGAUUCUAUAGAUUAAGAUGCUGGUGACAGUUCUUAGCAUUCCUGUGCACUCCUGUGCAUUUAUCACCCCACACAGUAACGCAAGAAUGGAGCAAGUACAAAGUCGCAACAAAACCUGAAUCCUGAACAAGGACUUUGUCAGGCAAUACAAUUGGUAAUUAAGCUGUUUUUUCUGAUGGUUGAGGUUUUAAUUACAACAGACAGAUUUCAAGGAAAUAGCAGGAUUUUCCUCAAAAUAUAUUGAGCUCAUCAGAUGAAAAUCUGCCUUUUCAACUUAGGAGAAAACAAUUCCCAAUUCUACUUCCAUUUUCAAUGGCAGGACACUGAUAGAUAUUAGACAAAAAAUUGUGUUUAUAUUCCUAAAUUGCUUUUUUUUACGUAGGCACAGCUUUAAUGUAGUUAUUUUUGCUCAGAGACAACACUUCUGAUUCUGUGAAAGAGUGGUGAAAAUGUAGAAAUCCUGUACAUUUAAAGAAGUACUGUUGCAAUAAAGAAACUUAUUUGUCUGCAAGUGUUUUGUGGAUCUCUCUGCUAGUUUGUAAUGAAGACCAAGUGGAAGCUGAGUUAAUGUACAAGUUUAUUCCUUCCGUGCUUUCAAUUUAGUUACAGUUCUGUUAUUGAGUCACUGAGGUACAAAGUUUAAUUGACUGUGAUAGAUUUUGAUGCUCAACGUGAUUUACUAAGUCACAGCUCAUCUGGAUUUACAUGAGACAGCUAUAUUCCAGCCAAAAUGUCAUCAUCUAUUAGAAAGAUCAAAUCUGGAACUGGUUUGUUAACACUGAUCUAUAAUUUCAUUUAUUA